UCCAGUGCACAAAUGAGAUGAAUGUGAACAUCCCACAGCUGGCAGACAGUUUGUUUGAAAGAACUACCAACAGUAGCUGGGUAGUGGUCUUCAAAUCUCUCAUCACAACCCAUCAUCUAAUGGUGUAUGGAAAUGAGCGUUUUAUCCAGUAUCUGGCGUCCAGAAACACAUUGUUUAAUUUGAGCAAUUUCCUAGACAAAAGUGGACUGCAAGGCUAUGACAUGUCAACAUUUAUCAGACGGUAUAGUAGAUAUCUGAAUGAAAAGGCAGUUUCCUAUAGACAAGUGGCAUUUGACUUCACAAAAGUAAAAAGAGGGGCUGAUGGAGUGAUGAGAACAAUGAGCACAGAAAAACUCUUAAAAACUGUACCAAUUAUACAAAAUCAAAUGGAUGCACUUCUGGACUUCAAUGUUAAUAGCAAUGAACUCACGAAUGGUGUAAUUAAUGCUGCCUUCAUGCUCCUCUUCAAAGAUGCCAUUAGACUGUUCGCGGCGUACAACGAAGGGAUUAUUAACCUCUUGGAAAAAUACUUUGAUAUGAAAAAGAACCAGUGCAAAGAAGGCCUUGAUAUAUAUAAGAAGUUCCUCACUAGAAUGACACGGAUCUCGGAGUUCCUUAAAGUUGCAGAGCAAGUUGGAAUUGACAGAGGAGACAUACCAGAUCUCUCACAGGCACCAAGUAGCCUUCUUGAUGCUUUGGAACAACAUUUAGCUUCUCUAGAAGGGAAGAAAAUCAAAGAUUCCACAGCUGCAAGCAGGGCUACCACCCUUUCCAAUGCAGUCUCUUCCCUUGCAAGCACUGGCCUGUCCCUCACGAAGGUUGAUGAAAGGGAAAAACAAGCUGCGUUAGAGGAAGAACAGGCUCGCUUAAAAGCUUUAAAGGAGCAACGUCUAAAAGAACUUGCAAAGAAACCUCAUACCUCUUUAACAACUGCAGCUUCUCCUGUGUCGACUGCAGCGGGAAGCAUAAUGACUACACCAGCCAUUGAUAUUUUUUCUACCCCUAGCUCUUCAAACAGCACUUCAAAGCUGCCAAAUGAUCUGCUUGAUUUGCAGCCAACUUUUCAUCCAUCUGUACAUCCUAUAUCUGCUGCUCCACAAGUAGGAAGUACCUGGGGAGAUCCUUUUUCUGCUACUGUUGAUAGUGUUGAUGAUGCCAUUCCAAACCUAAAUCCUUUCCUUACAAAAACUAACGAUGCUGCUCAUCUGUCUGUGUCUUCUGAUGUAUCUACUUUCACCAGUAGGACACCCACACAUGAAAUGUUUGUUGGGUUCACUCCAUCUCCUGUUGCUCAACCACAGCCAUCAGCUGGCCUUAAUGUUGACUUUGAGUCUGUGUUUGGAAACAAAUCUUCCAGUGUUGUCCUAGAUUCUGGUGGCUUUGAUGAAUUAGGUGGUCUCCUAAAACCAACAGUGGCCUCUCAAAACCAGAGUCUUCCAGUUGCCAAAGUACCGCCUAACAAAUUAGUGUCAGAUGAUCUGGAUUCAUCUUUAGCCAAUCUUGUAGGCAAUUUGGGCAUUGGAAAUGGAACUACUAAAAAUGAUGUAAACUGGACUCAGCCAGGUGAAAAGAAACUAACAGGUGGUUCCAACUGGCAACCCAAGAUUGCACCUACAACUGCGUGGAAUGCUCCAACGUUGAAUGGCAUGCAUUUUCCACAAUACGCGCCGCCGGUAAUGGCAUACCCUGCCACCACGCCGACAGGAAUGAUGGGCUACGGGAUGCCGUCACAGAUGGGAGGCAUACCAGUAAUGACACAGCCAACUUUAAUAUACAGUCAGCCAGUCAUGAGACCACCAAACCCUUUCGGCCCUGUACCAGGAGCACAGAUUCAGUUUAUGUAACUGUUUUAGAUGGAAGAGCAAGGAACAUUUUCAAAAAGAUGUGCUCACCAGUAAAUCCCCACUUCCAGGAAAAACUGAACUUCAGUCUCUCAAACUCUCCUCUUCCGUUAAGUGAUGCAGUGAAGUGAUGAAGACCAAUGAAGGAAGCCGGGACAGCUCCGUAAGCAAACAUCAAUAUACAAGGCAAAGCCAAGAAUUGCCAUGAAUUAAGACUAAGAUCUAUUUUUUUUUUUGUCCUGGUGACUAACUUGUCGAUACUUUCAGCUUCUAAUAAUAUCCGUAAUCGGUAACAUACGAAGAGAAGCCUUUACUCUGGAGAUUGAGCUUGGUGUUUGGAAAUGCUGUCUGGAAUGGAGAUGUGUCCUUUACCGUAACUCGAAACACGACUUUGGGCAGGGGAGGGUCAAAUCCUAACUCUUAAUUCUGCAGUUACCUUUUCUUCAGUCCUCACAAAUGUAGGCACAGCAGUAAUGGAAAUUAACUUUUUUUAAAAAUUAUAUAUUCAGUUUGCAGUAGACAUUCCUUAUGUAUUAUUGUUUGUAUUUAUUUAUGAUUAUCAAUUUAACAUUAAUAUUGUAUCAAAAAAACUCCUUAUGAAAAUGAGUAUGGGUGUAUACAGUAUGUCUGAUUUUUAUCCACGAAGAAUGAAUCUGAUUCAGAAUGCUUUUCAGCUGACAUACAGAGCACUAAAUAUUUUAAAGGUCUGAAUCUAAUGAAUUCUCAGUAUAUAUGGGAAUUGGGGGAAGAGCUGUAAAAUGCAUUAAUCCUUGUAGUCAAUUCUGUGCCUAGGAUUUUGCAAGGGAACAGUUAACUGACUAGAAGAAGCACUACAUUUUUAAUUCAGCAUUAGUGCGUUGGGAAGGAACUUUCUUGCUUUGUGCUUGGCAUGUCAUUAUUUUUACAUUGGACAUUAUAAGGCCUUUCCAAAAUGAAUGUGAGGAAUUGCUUUCACUUGAAGACUUUCCUUCUUUUCUGUAAAAUAAAAAAAACAAAACCAAAAUUGAGGUGGUGUGUGUUUGGGGGGGGAAAGGGGGAAGCCUUUUCAUUUGGCUAGUGCCAUGUUUAUGAUCCUGUACCUUUUGCAAUUCAAAAAGGGGAAGUAGCUUCCUUACAUACGUCUGGUGGGUAUUUAGUUCACGACGAAUUAAAGUAGCGCUGUUGAUCGGUGCUUUGUGUAAAUACAUCAUAACUUCUGUGGGGAGCGGGGCCUUCGGAAGGAUAGUCACUGAUCUGAAAGCAAUUCUGGACAUGAAUUCAGCAUACUUGCUGCAUUGUCUCUGCAGAUUCUAUUUUUGUUCAAAAUAUUAAAAUGUAUGUUAGCAAAAAUGGGUGGAUUUUCAAAUAAAAUGCAGCUUCCACA